UGAUAGAGAAUGGUGCUUGAGUUUUCAGGACAUGGCUGAUAUUUCUUGAAACUGCAAGUAUGAAAAUUAUUUGGAUGGGAUCAAUCCUGCUCGUGCAGGCAAUGCAGGCCUCACCUUUGCUCAGUCACGCUUGGAUUGGCCGGGAUCUGCUCACUAACCUCUCUACGUCUCAUGGACCCGGUUCUGAACUGAUGUGCAUGGUAUCUUGUUGGACAGCAAAUUGCUUUGGUUUUGCUGUUUUAUCCGGCGAGGAGGAGGGCUGUCUCUUUAUAGACUCAAAACAUCUGAUUUUGUUGAGUGCUGGUUCAAGGAACGACCAGACCACCGUAGACAUUUGGGUCCGACACAUACGAUUUGGUAAGGAAGAAAAUACUGACGCUUUGAAGAUAUGGAAAUGACAAAUACUAAGGCUUGUAGGAACGGUUUUUGGGUUCAUUGACAACGGCGCAAUUACGAAUUAUUACCUGGACGACAGUGAUCAAUUUCCUCCAAUUCAGGUCCCUGACCUCCCCGAAUUGCUGCAACCCAUGUUCCUAAGUUUCCCUGGAUUUGUGUUCUUGUGUAGUAGAAACACUCAAGAGUGCUUCAAAUGGAUUAUCGGCACCUCAAACUGGAUCCCUUCCUCGCCCAUGCUUCACAAACAUAUCUUCACCGUCGAAGUCACCAAAAUGGGAGGGAGUUAUUGGAUUAUCGGUGGAGUCACGGGCGGCAACGAAGAAAGUCAUGGCCUUUCCGAGUACCUGUCAUCUGAUGGGAAAUGGCGCAACGGAUCUGUCAAUCAUCCCGGCGUUUUUACCGGAUUAGCGACCAUUUCCGACCACGAACUCUUUGUCAUUGGCGGGGCGACAAGUCUAGUCAGUGCUUGGCGAAAUUCUGCCCACGUUUUGAACGUCAGGACGCAAGCCGCUCGAGAGGUUGGGGGUGGGUUAUCAUUUGCUAUGAUGCGCACCUCCUGUACCCGAUUCCGACUCAAGAACGGAACGGAGGUAGUCUUAUGUGUGGGUGGCAGAUGCGACUCUUGUCAGGCUACGCCUAAUGUGAACCAUAACCAGGUGAUUGUUUUCAAUAUUGAGCACGAAUGGCUGAUGCUCAAACCGGAAUGGGACCUCCCGGUCAGAGGACGGGGCGCCAAUCUGUUUGUCUCCAGGGAUGGGAUUUUGUAUCUCUUAGGGGGAGGCACAUUUGAAACGAAGAGCUUUCAGUUCAACGAAGGAGGUUCCCCGGUCUGGGUUCCUAUUCAUCCGGUCCCUAACUCCGAUGAUUUUAUGGCCUUUGAAAUAUCAUACAUUAGAACAUAAAGACCCGAAAAGGAUGAUCCAAUCAAGUGGGCCAAGCAGUUAAACUCAUGGUUCCCCAAACCCUGUGGAUUGCUUCAAGCUUAAUUUUUGAAGAAAAAUAUAACAUUACUUCUUAUUACCAUUUGUUGAAACUCAACCUAAACUGCUAAUAGGGGGAUAGACACACU